CAUGCGCAGAAAAUCAUUGGAACUUCCUUGUCAAAAGAGAAUGGAUGUUGUGAUUUUAGCUAGCUAAAUAACUUCAAAGUUGGUUAGCUACCCAGUUUACUCCAAUAAUAAUUGCAAUCUCUCCGUUUGGCCAACUCUUACACCAAGGUUUUCCCGUAUUCGAAAUGGGGAAAGGCUGCAAAGUUGUGGUGUGUGGUUUGGCAUCUGUAGGAAAAACAGCCAUCCUUGAACAGCUGUUAUAUGGCAAUCACGCAGUUGGUUCAGAGUCCACUGAGACCCAGGAGGAUGUGUAUGUGGCGUCGGUGGAGACAGACCGCGGUGUGAAGGAACAGUUACGUCUCUAUGACACCAGAGGGCUCCACGACGGCCUGGACCUUCCCAAGCACUACUACUCUGUGGCGGACGGCUUUGUGCUGGUCUACAGCGUGGACAGCCUGGAGUCCUUCAAGAAGGUGGAUGUCCUCAAGAAGGAGAUAGACAAAUCCAGAGACAAGAAAGAGGUGAUGGUGAUUGUGCUAGGGAACAAGACGGACCUGCGUGAGCUUCGUCAGGUGGAGCACGAGGCAGCGCAGCAGUGGGCGCGGGGGGAGAAGGUCAAACUCUGGGAGGUCAGCGUCACUGAGAGGAACUCUCUCAUUGAACCCUUCACCAUGCUCACCAGCCGCCUCACACAGCCUCAGAGCAAGUCUGCCUUCCCUCUUCCAGGACGCAAGAGCAAGGGCACAACGUCCAAUGACAUCUGAACUGAACUCAACCUUGAGCGUACCUAAGAUCCAAGUACUUCGGGGAGGGGGAGAUGUCAGAGUAGGAUCGAUGAGUUAGCCAGCCAAAUGACAUUAAUAUUCUGACUUCAUAUCAAGAUAGAUAUCCAUGAAAUAUGGGCAAAGACAUAGUAACUGACUCGACAACCAACAACCCAUUAAAUUCCCUUAAAAUAAAGCUUUUUUUUUAUUUUUUAUAUACAAUUGAAGUCAGAAGUUUACAUAGACCUUAGCCAAAUACAUUUAAACCUAGUAAAAAUUCCCUGUCUUAGGUCAGUUAGGAUCACCACUUCAUUUUAAGAAUGUGAAAUGUCAGAAAAAUAGUAGAGAAUGAUUUAUUUCAGCUUUUAUUUCUUUCAUCACAUUCCCAGUGGGUCAGAAGUUUACAUACUCAAUUAGUAUUUGGUAGCAUUGCCUUUAAAUAGUUUAACUUGGGUCAAACGUUUUGGGUAGCCUUCCACAAGCUUCCCACAAUAAGUUGGGUGAAUUUUGGCCCAUUCCUCCUGACAGAGCUGGUGUAACUGAGUCAGUUUGUAGGUCUCCUUGCUCAUACUCUUUUUCAGUUCUGCCCACAAAUUCUCUAUGGGAUUGAGGUCAGGGCUUUGUGAUGGCCACUCCAAUGCCAUUUUGCCACAACUUUGGAAGUAUGCUUGGGGUCAUUGUCCAUUUGGAAGAUCCAUUUGCGACCAAGCUUGAACUUCCUGACUGAUGUCUUGAUGUUGCUUCAAUAUAUCCACAUAAUUUUCCUACCUCAUGAUGCCAUCUAUUUUGUGAAGUGCGCCAGUCCCUCCUGCAGCAAAGCACCCCCACAACACGAUGCUGCCACCCCCAUGCUUCACGGUUGGGAUGGUGUUCUUCGGCUUGCAAGCAUCCCCCUUUUUCCUCCAAACAUAACAAUGGUCAUUAUGGCCAAACUGUAUUUUUGUUUCAUUAGACCAGAGGACAUUUCUCCAAAAAGUACGAUCUUUGUCCCCAUGUGCAGUUGCAAACCGUAGUCUGGCUUUUUUAAUGGCGGUUUUGGAGCAGUGGCUUCUUCCUUGCUGAGCAGCCUUUCAGGUUAUGUCGAUAUAGGACUCGUUUUACUGUGGAUAUAGAUACUUUUGUACUCGUUUCCUCCAGCAUCUUCACAAGGUCCUUUGCUGUUGUUCUGGGAUUGAUUUGCACUUUUCGCACCAAAGUAUGUUCAUCUCUAGGAGACAGAACGUGUCUCCUUCCUGAGCACUAUGACGGCUGCGUGGUCCCAUGGUGUUUAUACUUGCGUACUAUUGUUUGUACAGAUGAACGUGGUACCUUCAGGUGUUUGGAAAUUGCUCCCAAGGAAUAACCAGACAUGUGGAGGUCUACACAUUUUUUUCUGAGGUCUUGGCUGAUUUCUUUUGAUUUUCCCAUGAUGUCAAGCAAAGAGGCACUGAGUUUGAAGGUAGACCUUCAAUGGACUCAAAUUUUGUCAAUUAGCCCAUCAGAAGCUUCUAAAGCCAUGACAUAAUUUUCGGGAAUUUUCCAAGCUGUUUAAAGGCACAGCCAACUUAGUGUAUGUAAACUUCUGACCCACUGGAAUUGUGAUACAGUGAAAUAUUCUGUCUAAACAACUGUUGGAAAAAUUACUUGUCAUGCACAAAGUAGAUGUUCUAACCAACUUCCCAAAACUAUAGUUUGUUAACAUGAAAUUUGUGGAGUGGUUGAAAAACAAGUUAAUGACUCCAACCUAAGUGUAUGUAAACUUCUGACGUCAACUGUAUACUUGCAAAUCAAGAGAUGUAUCUUAAUGUUUUUCGAAGUAUGCUGGCUAAAUUAGUGAACCUGCUUUGUGAUAUCAUACACCCCUAUGGUUUCCGUGUGCUCCAUCCUAUGGGAGGGUUAUAGUAGCUGCUUUACAGCAAGGUCUAGGCCCAUAUAAUGUGCCUUGGGAGUGAGGCAUAUUACUACCUAGUGUGUAUGGCCUACCAGUUUACUACCUAGUGUAUGACCCAGUGGCAAAACAAAACAGGUACUACCUUGAUCAGGUCUGUUGCUCGUGUCUGUGAUGAUCAAAUGUCUGUUUCAUCAGUUGCACCCUAAAUGGUUGGUUGUGUAUUUGUUAAAUACAAAACCUGUGUACUUUAUUCUUUGUACAUGUUUGAGAAUUUUUUUUAUUAACUUAAUUUAUUUGUCACUUUACUAAACUUAAAUUCCUUGUGGGUAGGAAUGGGAUCAAAUGUAGGACACAAUUGUAUGAAAUGUCUUGAAUUGUUGUGAAGAGAAUGUGGCUUCUGUAGUGCAUCCAAAUAAUAUAUCCUUUCUCCUGAGGUGUACACUCGUUCACUACUACAAAUCUAAAAGCAUUGGAUUGGUGGAGGCAUGGGGCAGGAGUUUCCACUAUAUUUCUCAUACCAGUCAUUUCCUUUCAAUUCAGGAAAUUGAAGUGAACCCAUGUACACUUUGGGAAGAAGGAGAGAACUGGAACAUCUCCUGUGUCCUUCAUGUCUUGUGUGUGAGAGACCUGGCCAAAUAACAUUUGUGCUGCUACUUAUAUUUUUCUUGUCCAUUGUUCUGACAUAUAUGCAUGUGUUUCAAUUUAACAAUAAAAUGGAGGGAUUGUA